AGGGGCCACUUAAGGCGGAGCCGGCGUUCUGGCAGCGCCGGAGCCAGGCGGCAGAGCCAGCAGGGUUGGCACUUACCCACGACCCCCCCUUCCCUUCUAUGAUGGCCCGUCAGUAGCAGGUUCCAGACCCCCCAAGGGUAUGUAGGCAGAGCUAGCAGCAGCCAGGUGCGCAGAGCCACAGAGCUCUAGGGCACUCUGGGGGCAGCUCUGCCUGCUGCGCUCUGUGGUGCCUGGGGAGAUGCCCAAGUGACGGGCGAGCUGGUGAGAACAAGAACGUUCCCUUUUGGCCCGAGUCCGCUGCAUCUAUGGCGCUGCCGGCCAGUCUGGUGCCCCUGUGCUGCUUGGCACUUCUGGCGCUGCCGGCUCAGAGCUGCGGGCCGGGCCGGGGACCGGUCGGCCGGCGCCGCUACGUGCGCAAACAGCUCGUGCCGCUGCUCUACAAGCAAUUUGUGCCCAGCGUGCCCGAGCGGACCCUGGGCGCCAGUGGGCCAGCUGAGGGGAGGGUGACAAGAGGUUCUGAGCGCUUCCGGGACCUGGUGCCUAACUACAACCCCGACAUCAUCUUCAAGGAUGAGGAGAACAGUGGUGCAGACCGCCUGAUGACCGAGCGUUGUAAGGAGCGGGUGAACGCGCUGGCCAUAGCCGUGAUGAACAUGUGGCCCGGAGUGCGCCUACGGGUGACCGAGGGCUGGGACGAGGACGGCCACCACGCGCAGGACUCACUUCAUUACGAAGGACGUGCCUUGGAUAUCACCACAUCCGACCGCGACCGCAACAAGUAUGGGUUGCUGGCGCGCCUGGCCGUGGAAGCCGGCUUCGACUGGGUCUACUAUGAGUCCCGCAACCACGUCCACGUGUCGGUCAAAGCCGAUAACUCUCUGGCGGUCAGGGCAGGCGGCUGCUUUCCGGGAAAUGCCACCGUGCGCCUGCGGAGCGGCGAGCGGAAGGGGCUGCGGGAACUGCAUCGCGGAGACUGGGUGCUGGCGGCAGACGCGGCCGGCCGGGUGGUGCCCACGCCCGUAUUGCUCUUCCUGGACCGGGACUUGCAGCGCCGGGCCUCCUUCGUAGCUGUGGAGACCGAGCGGCCCCCGCGCAAGCUGUUGCUCACGCCCUGGCACUUGGUGUUCGCGGCUCGGGGGCCAGCGCCCGCGCCAGGCGACUUUGCACCGGUGUUCGCGCGCCGGUUGCGCGCGGGGGACUCGGUGCUGGCGCCGGGCGGGGACGCCCUUAGGCCGGCGCGCGUGGCCCGCGUGGCGCGGGAGGAAGCCGUGGGCGUUUUCGCACCGCUUACAGCGCACGGGACGCUGCUGGUCAACGAUGUCCUGGCCUCAUGCUACGCGGUUCUGGAAAGUCACCAGUGGGCGCACCGCGCCUUUGCUCCUUUGCGCCUGCUGCACGCCCUGGGGGCGCUGCUUCCGGGCGGGGCCGUUCAGCCGACUGGCAUGCAUUGCAGGUCGUCCUGCCUUGCUUCCUCCUCUCUGGAGGCCUCCCUGUCGACCAGCAACUGAGACCAGAAGAGUCUGCCCUUUUCUAGGCUGCUAGUUCUUUUUCCCACCAGAGAGGACUAGCAUUCUGCCCACGUGUCUGCAUACCCGACUGUUGAAGAGACCAGGGUUAUCCAAAGAACAAGACAACUCAAACGCAUUCUUUAUCUGUUUAUAGGGGCUCCAAAGGAGGUUCAAGCCAUUUUAGGUACUGAUACUUAAAGAAUUCUGGCUCCCAUUUGUUAGCCUGCAGUCUCCCCUGCUCGAGAAUCACCAUAGCCUGCAUUCUACUCUGGUGUGUGUGCAGUGGGGGGUGGGGGUGGGGUGUCUACAUGGGACUCAUUUUUUUUUCCCCUUGGGAGGAGACUGGACCAACUGACAACUCAUGGCAAUCCCUCAGCUCAGUUCAGUCGCUCAGUCAUGUCCGACUCUUUGCAACCCCAUGGACUGCAGCACACCAGCCUCCCUCUCCAUCACCAACUCCCAGAGUUUAUUCAAACUCAUGUCCAUUGAGUUGGUG